CAAUUAUAAUACUACAAAUAACUGCGAGAUUGACGCUGACGGAACUGUUCAAAAUGUUAAAGAUCAUUAUAUUUUUCUGUUGUAUCUAUGUAGCAAAAGGUUUUGUGUUGCCGCAUUUCAUCGAUAGGCCUGAACCUUGGAUCGUAGGAGGAGAAGAUGCCCCUGGAGGUUCUGCACCUCACCAGGCUUCGUUACGGAGCCUAUUCAACUUUCACUUCUGCGGAGGAUCCAUCAUAAGCAACAGAUGGAUUUUGACAGCUGCCCACUGUACUUUAGGGGAAUCGAGUUUUACGAUGAAGGUGUUUGUUGGAACUAACAGUUUGACAAACGGUGGAAAUUCCUAUUCCGUAGAUAAAAUAAUAAUACAUGAAAACUUUAGCUACAGCGAAAUUAAAAAUGACGUCAGUGUUAUUAAAGUGGCUAAGGAUAUAAUAUUUAAUGAGCUUGUACAACCAAUACAAUUGCCAGACGUAAACACGCUUGGAGGUGCCAAUCUUACCCUGACAGGAUGGGGCACGACAUCGUAUCCUGGUAGCAGCCCCGACAAGCUGCAGGUCAUAAAACUGCUAUCACUAAGCGAUGAAGAUUGUCGUGAUAUCUACAGUCACGUUGAUGGACCGGAUGUGGAUAGCACUCAGAUAUGUUCAUUCACCAAGCAGGGAGAAGGUGCCUGUCAUGGUGAUUCCGGAGGCCCGCUGGUGGAAAAAGGCAAAGUGGUGGGUAUAGUGUCGUGGGGCAUGCCGUGCGCCAGGGGAUACCCUGAUGUCUUUACACGAGUAUUUGCUUACAAAGACUGGAUUAUAGAAAACACUUCUAAAUGAGAACAAUAGUUAAUUAAAGAAAGAAUUGAAGUCAUUUUAAAACGUAAUAAAUAAGUGUCACUAUGUAUGUCAAUAAAA